AUGGAAAAUCGACCCGAGUUUGUCAUUGUAUGGCUAGGUCUGACCAAGAUUGGCGUCGUCACAGCUCUGCUUAACACGCACCUGCAGCCGGACGGACUUGUUCAUUGCACCACAAUUGCAGACACCAAGUGGAUGAUUGUAGGCGAAGAACUAGCCUGGAAACUUGAGGACGUGGCGACGAAAUUGGCUCAUCUUGACUUCUUCAUCUAUGGCAAUGGGGAAUUGACUGCUCAAGCGGCGGCUGCAUACCUGCCUCAAGCGUUUCCACUGGAUGCGGAACUAAAGAAGAUGAAGUCAGAUCGACCACCGCAGUUAAUUCGCAAGAACGCCAAGAUCUCGACGGUAGACACGGCACUACUAAUCUACACGAGCGGAACGACAGGACUGCCCAAGGCUGCGCGGGUGAACCACUUUAGCAUCAUUUCGCGCUCCUUGGUCUUCAAAUACGCGAUGCAUUUGUCCAUGGACGAUAGACUGUAUUGUGCGCUGCCACUCUACCAUACAUCGGGUGGGAAUCUGGCAGUUGGGAUGAUGAUAUUCUCCGGUGCUACUUUGUGCAUUUCGCAACGUUUCUCGACAAGCAAGUUUUGGGCCGAAGUCCGAGCUUACGACUGCACAGUGAUUCAAUAUAUUGGCGAGAUGUGCCGAUACUUGCUCAAUGCACCAGCAAAGGUAAACGACAAAAUGAAUCACAUACGGGCAGCUUUUGGCAACGGCUUGCGCCCUGAUGUAUGGGCGCCGUUCCAAGAACGCUUUGGUGUCCCGUCGGUGUAUGAAUUUUAUGGCUCUACGGAGGGCCCAAUGGGUAUGUUGAAUGCUUGCACGACAAAAGCCGACCAAGGACAUCUUGGUCGUCGCGGUUUCAUCGUUAACAUGUUCACUGGUGUCGUAAUCGUUAAGUAUGAUGUCGAGAAGGACGACUACAUCCGAUCGAAGAAAGGGUUUCUUCAAAAAUGUGCGGUCAACGAACCGGGUGAGCUUAUUGUAAAGGUCGAUAAGAAGGAUCCUGCACGAAGAUUCCAGGGCUACUACCGAAACACAAAAGAGUCCAGUAAAAAGGUGCUGACAGAUGUGUUCAAGAAGGGUGACAUGUAUUUUCGAACGGGCGAUCUGUUCAAAGAAGAUGAAAAUCAUUGCUGGCAUUUCGUAGACCGCGUGGGGGAUACGUUUCGGUGGAAAGGAGAGAAUGUAGCCACAAAUGAAGUUGCCGAGGCUGUCUCCAAGUUCCCUGGGCUCAGUGAAAUUUGUAUUUACGGCGUUGAGGUCCCAGGUAGUGAUGGCCGUGCGUGCAUGGCUGCGAUGGUUUUCGAUGAAAAUUCGUUUGACCUCAAGGCUUUUGCAGCCUUUGUCAAGCAGCAGUUGCCAUCAUAUGCCAUGCCGCUCUUCCUCCGUAAGUUGAAAACCAUGUCAGUCACAGGAACGAUGAAGCACGAGAAAGCCAAGUUGCGGAAGGAGGGGAUUGAUCCAUCUAUCAUUUCAGACGGUCUUUGGAUUUUCAAUCGAGUGAAAGACAACUAUGAGCCGCUUACAAGCGAGACGUAUCACCAAGCGAUUACAAAGUCUCGACUGUAA